GUCUUUAGUGCGAAGGUCAAUUUAGAUGGUCAAACCCUUGGACCUUUUACCCCCUCAUUAGUGUAGAGUAAUUUGUGGAUGUUUCCUACAGAGUGGGGGAAGGCAGCCCCAUUGAUUCAGAGGUUUGGAAUUUGCAUCUGAUUGCUGUUUGUCAACCAAUGGUUUGACUCCGCGACCGCGGGCUCCGCCUCAGAUUAGACGCACAUAUGAUGUUACGGCCAAAUUAACCUCUAUAUCGAAAUCAAAUGAGGAAGAGAAAGGUGAGUUAGAGAGAGUACAGACCGUACAGUUAGUACAGAUUGUUAUAUGUUCUUGACUUUAAUCAAAUAUUGACCAAGUGAGCGUCGCGAGCGUGUUGUUUUCACUGGGAAAUCAGGAAUGUUCCUUCCGCUUCCGAAGAAAAAAACUGAACGGAAGUUGAACUGACUUCCGGUUGUGUUGCCGCAUAUUUUCUGCUGUUUGUGUUUACUACAAUGGGAAAUAGGCCAAGAGGUUUGCUCGCAUCCUAUUGCUGGCUUUGAAGCUGUAAAUGUAAGGUAGACACUCUGUGUGUGGCAGUCCUCUUCCCCUCAACUUUUGGCUGGUGGUAAUAGUACAGUAGAAGACCAACACUUCCAGCUUCCAUAGAGUUUGACCAUUAUUCGGAGUUGUGAUAAGCCCCGCCCCUCUGGAUCAAGUCUGUUGAAAGUGGUCCAGUCUGUUUUCGGCCGUGGAGGGUAGUGAAGGUGGCAGAAUCCUACCGCGUCCUGUUUCCCAGGCAAUGAAGCUGCAGGCGGUGAUGGAGAACCUGCACAGACAACAGAGAGCCAAACUGCUGAUGGAGCAGGCGGGGCACUCACACAGCCCCGCCCCCACAGGGGAGGAGCUUAAGGUGAAUUCCGCCUCUGACACAGAGCAGGCUCAGAUGGCGGCUUUGGCAGCCAUGCGCGCAGUGGCAGCUGGACUUCAGCGGGCCGAGAGCCCCAUGUCUGAACACAGCAGUGGAGGAGAGGAAGAGGAUGAAGAGGAAGGGGAGGAGCAAUACAAUAAUAUGAUGGGGUCUGAAGAGGAAGAGCAGAUAAAGCAGAAAUGGGAUGAAGAUGAUUUUGAGGGUGAGAUGGAGGAGGACUAUGAUGAUGAUCUGGGUGAUGAAGGGCUUCCGUCAGGUCGUGAGGCCGUCACCCCAGGCAGAGGCAUCCUCCUAUUACCCCACCGCCAUUUACACCCCCACUCCCAGUUGCUGAAGACUCCGCCCGGUUCUGAAACCAUACCGCGGGUGUCAGCUCACUCCGCUCAUUCGUCCCACGGACCUCUCCCUGGGCAGGACCACGCCGACUGGACCUAUGAGGAGCAGUUCAGACAGCUCUAUGAACUGGACAAUGACCCAAAGAGGAAAGAGUUCCUGGAUGAUCUGUUCAGCUUCAUGCAGAAAAGAGGGACUCCAGUGAACAGGAUCCCCAUCAUGGCCAAGCAGGUGCUGGAUCUCUACAUGCUAUACCAGCUGGUGACUGAAAAAGGGGGGCUGGUGGAGGUCAUAAAUAAAAAGUUGUGGAGGGAGAUCACGAAAGGGCUGAACCUGCCGACCUCCAUCACCAGUGCUGCCUUUACUCUCAGAACACAAUAUAUGAAGUAUCUGUAUCCUUAUGAAUGUGACAAGAGAGGCCUCAGCAAUCCCAAUGAGCUCCAGGCGGCCAUUGACAGCAACCGGCGUGAGGGACGCAGGCAGGGCUUCGGCAGCUCGCUCUUUACCUACUCGCCAAACGGAACGCCCACAAUGCUGUCCUCUCCCAAACUCUCCAUGCCUCCUAUCGGCAUCACCCUGCCCAGCAACGGAACCUCUCUCUCAUCCUUACAGAAAGUUAAAAAGGAUGAUGAUGGAGUUCAGGCUCGUCUGCCAGUGUCUAUGGCCAGUCACUCAGUAGCUGCGGCCCAGGCUGCGGCUGCGCAGGCGGCCACCAUUGCACAGGUAGCUGCGCUGGAGCAACUGCGGGAAAAGUUGGAGUCAGGGGAACCGCCGGAAAAGAAGAUUGCACUACCACUGGAGGAACACCAGCGACUCCUGCAGAGAGCCCUGCAGCACAACCUGCUGGCCAUGACAGCACAGAUCCCUAUGAACAUACGCAUCAACAAUCAAGAGAGCCGACCAGACUCUGCCUUGAACCUCACCACCAAUGGCCUCAACAGCAUCAGCAUGUCAUUGGAACUUAAUGGAGUCGUCUACACAGGCGUACUCUUCGCCCAGGCUGCAGCGCCAACCUCAUCAGGGGUAUCUAAUAAAUCUUCCACAGGCAACAACGGACCUCAGUCGGUUCUCCACACGCCUACCUCAUCCUCCUCCAACAACCAAUCACCUUAGCACCUCAGACUCUCAACCCUCUCAAUACAAAACCAAAGCCAAAAAACCUCAGUUACUACAGAAGAUAUGCCAAAAUAAUUAUAUAAACCAUGCAGGAAUAACCGAAUCGUUCUCAACUUGAAGUACACUAGCUCAGGUCUUUUAUUUACACUCUUCUUUGUUCAGGAGCCAAAAGAAAUCUAAAAUAACAACAGAGUUUAUUAUAAAGAUAAUGAUUUAUAAUGUAUAUGCAAAACCUGUGAAUAAUUUAUUUCUCUUUCUGCGAGCACUCUGUCUGGCGUAAACAAAAGGGCAGUAGAAUUCUGCUUUAUAGGGUUCUAUAGUCUCUGACUGACAAGCUUUUCAUCUAUAGGAGAAAUCUUAACAAUAGUAUUAUUGUUAUAAUGUGUGAUGCAAAGUGCUUAAGGGUCUGAACUAAUAAUAUAUUAUUGUACAUUUUAUUUUCUUUGUGUAUGUAUCUGCAGUGCCUUGUGAAGGUUUUAUUCUCAGCACAGUUUGAAUGUGCUGUUGUUGACCAGGUGAUGUCUGAACUUCAGCACUAACACAAUUCAAAUUCUGGUCUGAAGUUGAUUAUUAUUAUCAUUUUGUUUUUUAACAUUUUUGUUGUGAGUAUUCAACCAUUUGGUUUCCCAUCUCAGACUUCUACACUGCGAUGGCAAUAGUGAUUUUAAAGGGAUAGUUCAUGCAAAAAUUAAAAUUCUUUCAUCAUUUACUCACCCUCAUGCCAUCCCAGAAGAUUUUUAGAAGAAUAUCUAUGCUCUGUUGGUCCUCACAAUGCAAGUUAAUGGUGACUAGAACUCAGAAGGUCCAAAAAGGACAUAAAGACAGCAUAAAAAUAAUCCAUAUGACUCCAGUGGUUAAAUCCAUGUCUGCUGUAGUGAUAUGAUAGGUGUGGAUGAAAAACAAAUCAAUCUGUAAGUCCUUUUUUUUACUGUAAGUCCACACUUUCACUUUCAGCCAUCUACUGGAUAGGGCUGGUUAAGGGUGGAGAUUUAUAGUUAAAAAGGGCUUAAAUAUUGAUCUGUUUCUCAUCUUCACCAUGUCUGAAGACAUGGAUUUAACCACUGUCGUAUGGAUUACUUUUUGCUGGCUUGAUGUGUUUUUUGACCUUAUGAAUUCUGGUCACCAUUCAUGCAUUGUGAGGACCAAUAGCGCUGAGACAUUCUUCUAAAAAUCAUCUGGAAUGGCAUGAGGGUGAGUAACUGAUGAAAGAACUAUCCCUUUAAGAUCAUUGAUUGAACAUUCAGGUUAAAGGAGCUGUUUUGGUGUGUUCUUUGUGUGUUCUUGUGAGGAAAGAUAGGCAUAUGUUUAUAAAUGUGUACAUGUGUUCUUGAGCUUAUAACCUGUUUUUCAUGUUUGUAUAUGUUUGCCUCUUCGUGACUACUGGCAAACUCUGGGGGCCACAUUGUCCAUGAGCCACUCAAAUGGUGGCUGCAGCGUCACAGAGCUUGAACGGCAUUACUCUGAACUGCCACAGUCGUAGUGUCUAUAAAGUAGAUGUGGAAAGAGGUCAGAGGUUUUUCUACUUGUUAGUGUAGAAUUUUAUGGAGCUUUUACUCAAAUCAACAGUUUGGCAGGAAAAAAAAUCACAGUUUGACUCAAAACAAGACAGUAGGAUAAUAGGUACACUUUCAGAUUUAAACAAGUCUAAAACCCAAAAGCAGGAAUCAGAGAAAAUAAUAAUUAUGAUAUUGAAGUAUUCAAAAUUGAGCAGAAUGGAAUCUUCUCUCAUUAAAAAUGAUUAGAAGUAAGUGGUUUCUUGUAUUUAGGAAUAUUAAUCUUCAGCAAUGAUUUUGACCAUUUUAAUAAUCAACUGUUUCGGUCAGCGAGAAGGUCUUUUUCUUGUCGAUGUAUAGUUGUAAUUCAUGAAUUAUGUCAAGCUUCUCUAGCAUUACACUGUAUGCAAGGUCAAAAUGCCCAUUUGGUGGGUGUCUAGGGGUAAAACUUUUUUUCUUUUGAUUGAUAAAAACAGGGUCGUCUAGCAACUACUGUCUUAGCUGAUAAGAAGUUGAAUAUUUUAUCUGGGAUUUCAAAUAAUUUCUUACUGGGGAGAGGUGGUGAAAGCUUUUGGAAAUUGGGGUUGUCUACAGCUUUAAAGCCUUUAUUUUUAUCCAAAACAGCUUCCACCAAUUGUAGAUACAUCAUUUUGGAUUAACUUGAAGUUAAAAUGCCUUGAUCCCUCCUUGGGAUAAAAUGUAACCAUUCAGCUAUCACCAUCUCUGUCUUAUUUUCAUUCUUUACACUGAUGUACUCUUAAAACCUCUGCAUAACACUUCCUUAUUACUUUAUAUGAACCAACUUGGUGAUAGCUGUACAGGAAACAGUGUGGAAAAUGUAACUGUUUUUAUCCGUGUUUUGUAUUGUACAUUUCAUUACAGUUUUAAAUAUCAGGAAGCAUCAAUAUAGCAUAUCUCAGACUCUGCCAGUACUGCAGGAAUGUCUCUACCUCAAAGACUCUGCUAAGAACUGUUUGCAAACCCUCCCAGCUUGUCACUUUUCACAUCAAAUGUAAGAGUGUGAUGCAGAACUGGAUGUUUUUGCUCCACGUUUACUCCAUGGGAAUUUUCCUUACUGUAUUAGCAAUGAUAUCUUUAAGCCCCUUUUUGCUCAUAACUGUAAAAACAGCUGUUUAAUCUGCCAGCCCACAAUCUGCCAAAAACCUCAACUUUAGAGUGACCGAUUUUUGUCAUGUAACAGUAAUUCUUCACUUUGAUGGCCUUUAUGCAGUCUGUUUUGAUCAAAGAUGCUGUCGAUUUUUCAUAGAAACAAUACUGUUACCACACAGAGUAUGAAAAAUACAUAUAACACCUGAAAUUCGAUGAUUAAAGCAGUUUGUAACCAUGAGAGGGAUGUGUUUUACUCUGAUGUAUGCCUUAAUGUAUGCAAACUUAAGAAAAAUUGUGCAUGCUAAUAUAGUCAGGUUUACUGCAAAGACAACCAAAAUUGCUGUACAAUAAAACAUGCAAACCUUUGAACUAUAAUUGCAGGAUGCCUUAUGCUUUGAUAAUUCUUGGUAAUCUUUUCUCUGUAGAGCUUAACAUCACACUAAAAGUAACUCUCUUUUUCAAUACAUAGACAACUGUGAAAUUUAGGUUUUACUUUAAAACAUGGCAUUUGUCGUCUUCUCAGGAAAUACACUUCUACCUCCAGUUACACAGAUAUGUUCACCUUAGUGCUGUGGUUACAGUGCAUGUAACAUUUAUUGAGAUUUUUUGUAAUUGUGAUACAAAAUGUUUCCUUUGGCAUACUGACUCAAGGUUUUUUUUAUUAUUAUUAUUAUUAAUUGCAGAUGCAGUAACUAUACUAUAGUCAUUUCUUGUUGUUCUUUCUAUUUUUGAAAACCUUAAUAUCCCUUUCCUAUGUGUGUGCUUUUGAGUUUUUCUUGUUUGUUUGCAACUAAAUGGAAAAUUGCUCCUAGCACAAGAGACCCAGGAGAGCCCAGAUUUAGAUUACAGCACUGAGCGUCAUACUGAUGCACCAUUUUAUGCAUUUCCACUCAUGCAUUUAUAAAACUUUUAAAUUGUGUAGUGUCAGCCUCAUGACUGCUUCUCUUAUGGGGGUGAAGGACAAAGACAAUCCUAACCUAUUUAAUCUAUUCUUUGUUUGAGAGAAUAAUUAACAAUAAUAAUUAAAAAAAAAUAAUAUAUCGAGAUGUAAUUGGGGGGAUGGAAAAUCCAAAGAAUGUCCACAUAAGUGCUGUUAUGGCCUGACUAUCAUGGAUUCAAAUGACUCCAUAGCUUAUAUUUUAGAAGAUGAUCACACAUCAACCGUUACCCUUUCCUCAUCUGAAUGCUGAUAACCCAGUAAAAUUGACACAACAAACCUGUUCACGUCAAUACACAUGCAAAACAAAUGUUGUUAACAGUUGAAACUGAUGUUCUUUUUAAUUAAUAAAUUUGGAAUAAUUCUAUGCCUUUUAUAUGUUGAAAUGUAAUUGUAAUUCUGGAGCAUCAGUUUGAGUGUCUUGCUCUUUGUUGUGUUUUAGUACAUUAUUGCACCUUUUCAUUUAAAAAAGGAAGUUCAUGUUUGUUAUUUCAGAGUUUUCAAAAUGUACUCUUGAAGUUUACACUUUAUAAUUGUCUAACAUCAGAUUUUUCAAUGUUUGAUUUAAAAAACUUGAGCUCGUCAGCUGUAAACAAAGACAUUGA